CGGGGGGCGUCGGUCCGGUUCCGGAGGGCGCCUUCCGCGUGCAUGGAGCUGGCGGCGGGACUCGAGUUGGGACCUCGGCUGGAGGUGGAGUUUGUGGGGUCUGGUCUCUUGGGGAGACGCCGAGGGCUGGGAGAGCUUUGCCGAGUUGCCGCUCCGGCCCUGGGCUGGUGACGGUCGUUGUGGAACUUCCAAUCGGCUAAGCGCCUCCCGGGGGCGGCGGUUUGAAACCUAGCGGAGGAGCUGGUCGGGCGGCUGGGGUCUUAGCCAGACUCUAGGGUCUGACCCACCGCGCAUCUCUGCCCUUGGGGCCAGCCAGCCCAUUGGCUUCUCAGCGUAGUCCCGCGUCCCUGUCUAUACCCGGCGACUUCUGGAUCCCUGCUCAUUCGCCCCCGAUUUCGCUUUUUCACAUUCUGAAUUCCGCACUUUAACUCGAAUGUAGGACCUCCUCGGAGACUAACCGCGUUUUGCCCGCAGAACUUCAGAGUUCGCCUAGUUUUUUGGUAACUCGUAUUCUCCCCCCCGUUGGAUAUUCUUAUGCUUUCCACUCCAUCCCCUGGCUAAAUGACUGCGUGCUGGGGUUUAUCCAGCACCUAGAUUAUCCGGAACGGAAUGCAGAGUGACAGAGAUCUGGGCCUGAAUCUUUGUUUACCUGGGAUUUGAGGGAGAACCUUAGUAACCUCUUAGGAAGCCUUUAUUGAUUGUUCUCUUAGGAGAUGGCGAGCUGGAUUCUGUAUUGAGAACGCCUAUCCUUCGUCCUGUAGGGCAGACGGGCUCUAGGACAGGUGGAACCAGCUGCCGGCGAAGGAAAAGAUGAAAAGGAAUAUGCAUUGAAGCAAAUUGAAGGCACAGGAAUAUCCAUGUCGGCUUGUAGAGAGAUUGCACUUUUGCGAGAAUUGAAGCACCCUAAUGUGAUCGCAUUGCAGAAGGUGUUCCUUUCUCACAGUGACAGGAAGGUGUGGCUGCUCUUUGAUUAUGCAGAACAUGAUUUGUGGCACAUUAUUAAGUUUCACCGUGCAUCAAAAGCAAAUAAAAAGCCCAUGCAGUUGCCAAGAUCUAUGGUCAAAUCAUUACUUUACCAGAUUCUUGAUGGUAUCCAUUACCUCCAUGCAAAUUGGGUGCUUCACAGAGAUCUGAAACCAGCAAAUAUCCUAGUAAUGGGAGAAGGUCCUGAAAGGGGGAGAGUCAAAAUAGCGGACAUGGGUUUUGCCAGAUUAUUCAAUUCUCCUCUAAAGCCACUAGCAGAUUUGGAUCCAGUAGUUGUGACGUUUUGGUAUCGGGCUCCAGAACUUCUGCUUGGUGCAAGACAUUAUACAAAGGCCAUUGAUAUAUGGGCAAUAGGUUGCAUAUUUGCUGAAUUGUUGACUUCAGAACCUAUUUUUCACUGUCGUCAGGAAGAUAUAAAAACAAGCAAUCCCUUUCAUCAUGAUCAACUAGAUCGGAUAUUUAGUGUCAUGGGGUUUCCUGCAGAUAAAGAUUGGGAAGAUAUUAGAAAGAUGCCAGAAUACCCUACACUUCAGAAAGACUUUAGAAGAACAACGUAUGCCAACAGUAGCCUCAUAAAGUACAUGGAGAAACACAAGGUCAAGCCUGACAGCAAAGUGUUCCUCUUGCUUCAGAAACUCCUUACUAUGGAUCCAACCAAGAGAAUUACCUCGGAGCAAGCUCUACAGGAUCCCUAUUUUCAGGAGGACCCCUUGCCAACGUUAGAUGUCUUUGCUGGCUGCCAGAUUCCAUACCCCAAACGAGAAUUCCUUAAUGAAGAUGAACCUGAAGAGAAAGGUGACAAGAACCAGCAGCAGCAGCAGAACCAACAUCAGCAGCCCGCAGCUCCCCCGCAGCAGGCAGCAGCGCCCCCGCAGGCGCCCCCGCCGCAGCAGAACAGCACCCAGACCAACGGGACCGCGGGCGGGGCCGGGGCGGGCGCCGGGGGUGCGGGAGCCGGGCUGCAGCACAGUCAGGACUCCGGCCUCAAUCAGGUGCCUCCGAACAAGAAGCCCCGCCUCGCGCCCUCGGGCGCCAACUCCGGCGGGCCCGUUAUGCCGGCAGAUUAUCAGCACUCCAGUUCUCGCCUGAAUUACCAAAGCAGCGUUCAGGGAUCCUCCCAGUCCCAGAGCACACUCGGCUACUCCUCCUCGUCCCAGCAAAGCGCGCAGUACCACCCGACUCACCAGGGCCACCGCUACUGACCGCCGCGGCCCAGGGCACAGACCCUAGCAAUAUGAUGUCCGCAUGGAAAGCAACCAAAAAUGCAGACGAUGCUGCCGUUUAAAACUCACCCACUUGGGCGGAAGACUACAUACUGAGCAUUUUGCAGGACUGACGGACGUCUCUUCUUUACUGACUUUAAAGAAGAUUUUUGUGAAGUUUCCCUGACACCAUUUCCCUGCAUGUGUUCCAUUGUGACUUUGAUACAGCGUCUGAUCUAAUCCCAGCACUUAACUUCUGUAACCUUCAGCAUUUUUUGGAAGGAUUUCCUGGUGCACCUUUCUCAUGCUGUAGCAAUCACUAUGAUUUAUCUUUUCAAAGCUCUUUUAAUAGGAUUUUAAUGUUUUAGAAACAAGACUCCAGUGGUGUAUAGUUUUCUACUUCAUGAACUGAUCUAGCAACACAGGUAAAAAUGCACCUUUUAAAGCACUACGUUGUUUUCACAGAAUAUGACUGUUUUGCUCAUGGAAGUCUUAAACAGAAACUGUUACUGUCCCAAAGUACUUUGCUGUUAUGUUUUUAUUUAUCUAGUUUCAGGGAAGGUCUAAGAAAAGACACACAGUGGGACAGAGGGAACCUACAACCAAAAACAGCCUAGAUCUUCGCAGUUACUAUGCUUUAUGCUCUGAAGAACUGAAUUGUGUGGUAAUUUUGACAUAAUCAAUCAUCCAUAUGGAACGUAGUUCCCAGAAUCACCUUAUUCUGAAGAGUAUUCAGUAAGAAUUCUAAUUUAACCUUCAUGUAGCUAAGUCUGCCUUGAAAAAGGGUUUCAAGAGCUUCGAUGAAAUACAGCCCUCUGGUGCCCCACACCAGAAAGUGGAAGAGAGUAUUAACUGCACUAGGGUUUCUUUAAGGAGUAAUGUUGAUCAAAGGAUGAUGUAUCGUUUACCUUUGAAGGAAAAGCUUUGAGUGUGUAUUGUACAUAAAGUUGGCUUCUCUAAAGAACUGUUGGUUUCUUCGCAUCUGGGCCAGCUUGAGUCACUUCCUUACAUAAUCAAGAGUACUCAAAUAGAAGCCUGCAAAAUUAAUUUGCAAAUUAAUCUGCUUUUAAAAUUAAGAGCAGUGUUCUCCAUUCAUAUUUGCAUUAGACAUAGAGUGACUAUUUUUAAAGCAUGUUAAGAAUUUAGGUUUUAUUCAUGUUUGAAGUAUGUAUUAUGUAUGCAUAAUUUUGCUGUUGUUACUGAAACUUAAUUCUAUCAAGAAUCUUUUCAUUGCACUGAAUGCUUUCUUUGCCCCUAGGAGAAAACUUAAUAAUUGUGCCUAAAAAACUAUGGGCAGAUAGUAUACACGACUAUACAAGAUAAAGUGCAUAUUUGCAUUUCCAUGAUCUAUGAAUUAGAGGCUGAGUUCUUUAGCCAGUGAAAGGACCGCCUCACCCCCCAGAGUCACAGGAAAUAUAGAGUCUUAGAGCUCCCAUUGUAAUGUAAGGGGCAAGAAAUUUGUGUUCUUCUGAAUGCUACUAGCAGCACUAGCCCUGUUUUAAACGUUUUCUUGAGCUAGAAGAAAUAGCUGAUUGUUGUAUAUGCAAGUUAUAUGCAUUUUUUAAACGAUUCUUUGUGAACUUAUCUACCUGGUAAUGAUACUCUGGGUCCAUAUACAAGUAAAGUAAGAUUUUAGACAGAAGCCAGUAUACAUUUUGCACUAUUGAUGUGAUACUGUAGCCAGCAAGGACCUUACUGAUCUCAGCAUAAUAAUGCUUAUUAAUAAUAAAAGCUGUAUAGUGACACUCAUCAAACAUUGAAGAUGAAACAGUUGACAUACUCCAUUGGAAGGAAUUUCUAGUUGUCUCUCUGAUAAUUCACCCCUUCCAUUUUUGUUUGUUUGUUUGUUUGUUUGUUUUUAAGGAGAAGUUAAUAGCCCUCCGCAUAAUGUAGCUACCUGUAUAUAGUUCUGUCCUGUGCCCUGAAGCCUCACUGUCCAGAGUUAUUGGUCAUCAGAUGCUCACUGCACCCUCACCAUGUGCCCAGUGCCAUGCUGGGUGGAAGCCACAAAGGGCAAGACAUACUUCCUGUCCUUAAGGAACUUAUGAUCCAUUCCAUGACAGAAAGUUCUCCGGGGAUGAUAGGAAUGGCUUAUGAGUGUGAUGGUCCUUUUGUUUACUUCUAAACUCACUUGGAUAGAGUUAUUAUUCCAAAUUCUGCUGUGUAAUAAACUGUUACCAAGAGGUGUUCGUCCACCUCUGAGAAAGCCAGCGAUGAAAUAGCACAACAGGCAUUACUUAGGUUUGAAAUGUUCACAGCAGCCUUUCAACAACAAUGGGGUGGACCUUAUAGGCAGAACGCACUCCUUAAGCGGUUGUAGGAAAUUAAAUGAAAGCAGAAGCCCUGUUGCUGACCUAAGGGGGCCCUUAACAUUUAACAAGAGAAAAGCCCAAAUAAAAUAAAAUAUGGACCAAAAUACCAUGCCCCUUGAUACUUUAUAAGCAACUUGGAUAUACAGUUCUUGUGAUAUGUGUUUGUAUAAUCACAGGACUACCCUGCUUUCCUUGCAUAUAGCUAAUUUUAUUGUCAGAACUGAUAGGCAAACCAUGAGGGGAUUUCAUCAGUUUUUCCUAAUACACAGUGUUCUCCAAGAUACAGCCAGGUAUCCCCGUUCCUCUGGUCACUGUGCUCAUACUGGCCCUUUUCUUCUUGUUCUUGCCUUGGAGUUGGUGAUGCCCACUGGUGCCCAUUACCCUUGAAAUAAUCGUGGUUCAUGAUUUCCUUUUCCCUGUAAAGGGGAACAAAGCCUUUAACAUAUGUAUGGACCCUAAACUGGGACCUCGGGGGAGAUCUGUGAAGCUUUUUGACGUUAAAAUUUACCUCUGUGGUCCCCAAGUGACCUCAUUCCAGAAAACUUAUUACUGUCAUGUUCCCUGAGGACGCAGGGGGAGGGGGACAUCCCUCAGCCCAUGAGAACACCCAAAGGAAGAAAGGUUAUUGAAAGGAAAAAAGGAGGGGCACCUGGGUGGCUUAGUCGGUUAAGCGCCCGACUUCUCACAGUUCCGUGAGUAGUUCGAGCCCCACGCCACACUCCAGACUGACAGCUCAGAGCCUGGAGCCUGCUUCAGAUUCUGUCUCCCUCUCUCUCUGCCCCUUCCCCACUGGCGCUGUGUCUUUCUGUCUCUCAAAAAUGAAUAAACAUUUUAAAAAAUUAGGAAGGAAGGAAUAAAAGUGAAGGUUUUCUGCCCUCCAUAUUCAAAUCAGUUUUCGAAUUAGCUUUCUGGUGAGAAGUGUGUUUGGGAUAAAGGGAUUCUAGAAGUUUCAGGACAGCUGAGCUCAAGGGUGAGGGAGUCUGGCGGCAGGGCUGUUACUAUGAGCUGAAGCAAUCCUUGUGAUGAAAGUGGAUCCUGCAGUAACAUACAAAAGCCAAGGACCUGUAUAUUUUUAUAUCUGUGUGGUUUUAAAAUUUUAGUACUUAGAACUUUGGUCUUCUGCACUACUCUUUGGCUCUUAUAAACAUAAUUUACAUGUAAGAAUGGAAAGGGACAAUAUUUGCCUCCAUGUUCCCUGCCUCAUCCCCAGGGAAGCAACUGCUGGUUGUAUGCCUCUAAAACGAUGCUGUUUUCUCUGCUAAGGGUAAAAGAAAAAAAAUGUUGGAUGAUAAGAUUUGCAGCUUAAUCUGCUUUGAAUAAAACCAUGGCGCAGAAACUAUACGAUGAAGGAAGAAUUCUAUGAAAAUUGCAAAUCCUAAACUCUGUGGCGAUAUCUUUCUAGGGAGUGGAGAAAGGCAGCGAAAUGGCAGGUAGCCUAAAGGAGGCUUGAAGGAUUCAAAUAUAAGUAAUGUUUUAUAUCAAACAUAGCAGUUUAGGCCCCCGUAAUCUUCAAGAGUAGUCACAGAUGUCAUAAAACAAAGUUCAUUGUUUUAGGAUUUUUUAAAAAUGUGUUGUACCUAAGGCCAUACUUACUCUUCUAUGCUAUCACUGCAAAGGAGUGAUAUGUAUGUAUUAUAUGAAAAAAAAAAUCCUUAAUGCACUGUUAUCUCCUAAAUAUUUAGUAAAUUAAUACUAUUUAAUUUUUUUAAAGACUUGUCUGUGUAGACACUAAAAGUAUUACACAAAAUCUGGACUGAAGAUGUCCUUUUUAACAACAAUUUAAAGUACUUUUUAUAUAUGUUAUGUAGUAUAUACCCUUUCUAAACUGCCUAGUUUGUAAUUCUCAUAAUUCCUACUUGUGAAGUGUACCUGUCUUUGUCUCUCUUUUCAGUCCAUUUCUGCACGCACCCCUCUUUCUAUGAUUAUAGAGAUGACUGUGUAUAUGCUUUACACUCUGCUGCGAGGUGCACACUCAGAGCCGGCUGCACUCCGGUGGGGCAUGUUCCGUGGGGUGCAGGAGGGCAACCACUUUGGAGCUGAGUGUUUCCCGCUUUUGAGUUGUCCUGACAUCCUUCUUGAAAUGACUGUUAAAACUAAAAUAAAUUACAUUGCAUUUAUUUUAUAUUCUCGGUUGUAAUAAAAUUUAAUUGACUUUG